CGCACCGCAUCGUGGCAUGACGCUCAACGAAGACGCAGAUGCACCGGCUCAACGCUCCGCCGCCGCUGGUGUUCAACGACUUGCUAGCUCGCUCGCACGCCUGAAGCUCACACACAUCAUCGACUAGAAUCACGACGCCGGCCGUGGAGCGAGCACAGCUAGCCAUUCUGGUUCCAAGAAGAUGCCGCCUUCAAGCUUGGAGGCAUCGAAGCGGGCCAACCUCAGGAAGCUCAAUGGCGAUACGACGUGGUUGCUGCAGAUCCACGUCGGCCACGAUGCAAAGACUUACAAUCUCCUCAUCGACCCAUGGCUUUCGACGAGCCAGCAGGUCGACUACCAUCCCCUCUUCUCAGCGCAGACACGCGUCGAGACUGCCUCAUUCCCCAGCCUGUCUGCCCUUUCCCAGUCUCUAGCCAACGAAACGCUCGAAGCUGCCGCUCGAGAGCGCAUCUCGAAGCCUGAAGGCAAUGGAGCUGAAGUAAAGGGGGCAGGCGGCAUCGAUGCCAUCCUGAUCAGUCAUCCGUUCAGCGAUCAUGCUCACCCUGAAACGCUAUGCGAGCUCAUCGACCAGAGUCGUCCCAUUGACAUCUUCUGCACGCCGCAAUCGUUCCAGGCCGUGGCGAAUCUGCUGAAUGGCAAGAAGAUGACGGCCGACCAACGCAAAGCCUUCAAGCUACAUCUUAUGGACGAGCUGAGAGACCGCGGUGACAGCCUUGACUCCAUCACCUCGCACAAGCAGGACGACGUCCCCUCAGGCCUCCGCUUGCUCCGUCUACCUGCUCAAGAGUCACCUUGGACGCAUGGCCCGGCCUGGGCUGACCUACACGGCGGCGUUGCCAUCAUCUGGGACAAAAGCGCCGUAGUCUACUCACCCCACGGCAUCCUCGGAAGGUCCAUCCCUCACGCCCUAUCUCAAGCCCACUGCCGCACUCUCAUCCAAUCCUUCGACCGCCAGACCCUGCCGCUCCUCCGUCUCGCCACGGGCCCCGUUGCGCUCGGCUUCCACCAAGCGGCCCUUUCGUGCUUCACAGGCGGUCAGGCAUACGUGCCCACGCUCAUCCUUCGCACACAUGAUGAGCACAAGGCGGCCCGAGGGCUGGUGGGAAAGAUUAUAUCCCGCCAAGGGACGAGCGAUGAGCAGGCCCGAGAGGCUUUGCAGCGCGAAGGCUGCGAGCACUGCGAGAUACGCAGCUUGAAGGCGGGUGAGGAAGUCGAAGUUGGCGGAUCGAUAUGAAGCCGCUGUGAUUCUGCCGUGGCGCGAGAGCAAUCGCGGCUGACGACGAGGAUGGUACGGAACUGCUAUCAGGGCGCUUCGAUACGACUUGACUCACCGCCCUGCGGUAUUGCGAUCC